AUGUACCACUCAGAAGUACAUUCACGCCAUGUACCACUCAGAAGUACAUUCACACCAUGUACCACUCAGAAGUACAUUCACACCAUGUACCACUCAGAAGUACAUUCACACCAUGGACCACUCAGAAGUACCUUCACACCAUGUACCACUCAGAAGUACAUUCACACCAUGUACCACUCAGAAGUACAUUCACGCCAUGUACCACUCAGAAGUACAUUCACGCCAUGUACCACUCAGAAGUACAUUCACACCAUGUACCACUCAGAAGUACAUUCACGCCAUGGACCACUCAGAAGUACAUUCACACCAUGGACCACUCAGAAGUACCUUCACGCCAUGUACCACUCAGAAGUACCUUCACGCCAUGGACCACUCAGAAGUACCUUCACGCCAUGUACCACUCAGAAGUACCUUCACGCCAUGGACCACUCAGAAGUACAUUCACGCCAUGUACCACUCAGAAGUACAUUCACGCCAUGGACCACUCAGAAGUACAUUCACGCCAUGUACCACUCAGAAGUACCUUCACGCCAUGGACCACUCAGAAGUACAUUCACACCAUGGACCACUCAGAAGUACCUUCACGCCAUGUACCACUCAGAAGUACCUUCACGCCAUGUACCACUCAGAAGUACAUUCACACCAUGUACCACUCAGAAGUACCUUCACACCAUGUACCACUCAGAAGUACAUUCACGCCAUGUACCACUCAGAAGUACCUUCACACCAUGUACCACUCAGAAGUACAUUCACGCCAUGUACCACUCAGAAGUACCUUCACGCCAUGUACCACUCAGAAGUACAUUCACGCCAUGGACCACUCAGAAGUACAUUCACGCCAUGUACCACUCAGAAGUACCUUCACGCCAUGUACCACUCAGAAGUACAUUCACGCCAUGUACCACUCAGAAGUACCUUCACGCCAUGUACCACUCAGAAGUACCUUCACGCCAUGGACCACUCAGAAGUACCUUCACACCAUGGACCACUCAGAAGUACCUUCACGCCAUGUACCACUCAGAAGUACCUUCACACCAUGGACCACUCAGAAGUACCUUCACGCCAUGGACCACUCAGAAGUACCUUCACGCCAUGGACCACUCAGAAGUACCUUCACACCAUGGACCACUCAGAAGUACCUUCACGCCAUGUACCACUCAGAAGUACCUUCACGCCAUGGACCACUCAGAAGUACCUUCACGCCAUGUACCACUCAGAAGUACAUUCACGCCAUGUACCACUCAGAAGUACAUUCACGCCAUGUACCACUCAGAAGUACAUUCACGCCAUGGACCACUCAGAAGUACCUUCACGCCAUGUACCACUCAGAAGUACAUUCACGCCAUGUACCACUCAGAAGUACAUUCACGCCAUGUACCACUCAGAAGUACAUUCACGCCAUGGACCACUCAGAAGUACCUUCACGCCAUGGACCACUCAGAAGUACAUUCACGCCAUGUACCACUCAGAAGUACCUUCACGCCAUGGACCACUCAGAAGUACAUUCACGCCAUGUACCACUCAGAAGUACAUUCACGCCAUGGACCACUCAGAAGUACCUUCACACCAUGGACCACUCAGAAGUACCUUCACGCCAUGUACCACUCAGAAGUACCUUCACACCAUGGACCACUCAGAAGUACCUUCACGCCAUGGACCACUCAGAAGUACCUUCACGCCAUGGACCACUCAGAAGUACCUUCACGCCAUGUACCACUCAGAAGUACCUUCACAAAUACUUAG